AUGGCGUCGGCGGCGAUGCUCCGGUCCGCUGCCCGCUCGCGCCGGCUCCGGAAGCCCCUGGAGCCGGAGCGGUGCCUUCUGGCAAGGCGAUUCCUCAGCAGCAGCUCCGUACCCACCGAGAGACACACAUGUUCCCCCUCGAAUAAGCCUUUGAAAGGCAUCAUGGAACAGAAAAGUCACGUUAAUGAGAAGCCGGAAAACAUUUAUCCGGAAAACAUUUAUAAACGACUAUUGAUGAAGGUCGAUAAGAUUUCUGAAGGCUUGGAUGAACACUCACGUUUACUUAAGGAGCUUGAGGCUGAGAUAAAAGAAAAUAACAAGUAA